GAGUAGAGGCGGAGGAGGAAUGCAAAGCUCCAUCCAGUGCUGAGAACUGGAGCAUUUGCGCAGAUAGUCUGCGCUGCCUUCACACAGACACACAGCAUUUCAGCCGGGGCAAGUUUGUUGUUGUUGUUGUUCUCCGUCAACUGUCUGCCGAGCAAGGUGUCUGCACAGGAGCCGGAAGACCAGAGCAACAAAUCAUCCAUCCAACCGACCGACAGACAGACAGACAGACAGCUGCUCGCCGGACUCAGCAUCAGGGAUUUUUUUUUUAAAUCAUGGUUAUCAAAGUGUACAUAGCAUCGUCCUCCGGAUCCACUUCGAUUAAAAAGCAGCAGCAGGAUGUGAUGGGCUUCCUGGCGGCCAAUAAGAUCGAAUUCGAGGAGUGUGACAUCGCGGCCAACGAGGCCAACAGGAAGUGGAUGAGGGAGAACGUUCCGGAGGAGUCCAGGCCGGCCACGGGGAACCCUCUCCCCCCACAGAUAUUUAACGAAAGCAAAUAUUGUGGGAACUAUGAGGCCUUCUUCGAUGCCAGAGAGGAGAAUGCUGUUUAUGCAUUUCUGGGUCUGACCGCUCCCCCAGGCUCCAAGGAGGCCGAAGCUCUAUUGAAGAAAGCACAGCAGUAGCAGCUUCACACCUUUUCUACCUGUGACCUCAGGCCUAGUCUUAAACCCACACCUGGACCCAGACUGACCUGGAACUGAUCCAGGAGAACGAAAAAGCAACAUUUCACUCAGCUUAUAAAUAUGUGUAUGUUUUUUUUUUUUCUCAGUAUUUUUUAAUUAUAACUAAUCUGUGUUCAGCUGUGCCUUGUCAGCUGUAGUGAAGGGAGGUGCUAAAGCAGAGAAUUAUGGGUAUCUACAAGCAGCUCUGCUCCCUCCUAUUAACCUCAGCCUGCUAAGCCUAUUGGCCUAAUGACAUGUCAAUCAAUCCUUUAGCAUGGACGUGUAGCUUCCUGACAUCAUCAGACACAAGAAAAUGUAUGCUCUGUUGCAAAUCGUAACACAGAUUCAUCACUUGGCUAACAGAACGUCACCCACAUCGUCAUAAUCAUCACUUAUAGAACUCGACUGUUGAAUCCCGAGAACAUUGAGUCAAAUGUUGUGCUCCUGCCAGUCAUGUCAUCGCCAAAACUGCUGCACCUUCUGUAAAACGUACUUAUUACAAUCCCAUUCUUGAUGUUUGUAUUUUCGUUAUAUUGUCUUAAUGCUGUUUUAACAGCAAAUUUUUUUCUACAAGAUGAUAUGUGUUUAAAAAAAUGAUAAAACAUGCCAAAAUUACAAAUCUGCAAACAUAGAGGGAUGUGAGAUUUAGUUGGGUUUUUUUGUUGUUUUUGUUCUUUUAGGGGAGUUGGUUUCGUUUCGCUAUAAGCGUCCUGUUUCACAUUGUGUUGGUGAUCCCUGUCUUACAUAAGUUGAUGCCUUCCCUAAAAUAAAAAUAAAGAAUCAGACCGCAAGCCUGA